CCCAACAGAACAAACGGAACUCGGCGAAGAGCUCCGGACAUGUCGAUAGAAUCAUCAUUCUUCUCUCAGUUCACAGUCAAAAGUUGUUCUGUGAACCAAUCUGGAACGAAGAACCCCACAUGGGCACACCCCAAAAUUUUGAACUUGCGGAGAGGUCCUUCGAGAAGUAAAAAUUUGUCAACAAGGUCAUGUUUGAGAGCUGCAGUUGGUGAUAAAGACGGUGUGAUCAUCGUUGACCAUGGUUCGCGUCGUAGAGAAUCCAAUCUCAUGCUAAAUGAGUUUGUAAUAAUGUUUAGAGACAAAACUGGGUAUCCAAUCGUAGAGCCUGCACAUAUGGAGUUGGCAGAACCAUCAAUAAAAGAUGCAUUUGGCUUGUGUGUUCAACAAGGAGCAAGUCGGGUGAUUGUAAGUCCAUUUUUUCUUUUUCCCGGACGACAUUGGCACAAGGAUAUACCUUCCUUGACUGCUGAAGCUGCAAAAGAGCACCCAGGUGUUUCCUACAUGGUCACUGCACCUCUUGGCUUGCAUGAGCUACUAGUGGAUGUUGUAAAUGACAGGCUCAAUCAUUGCUUAAGCCACGUAGCAGGGGAUGCAGAUGAGUGUGCAGUUUGUGAUGGGACAAACAAGUGCAGGCUCUAUGGCAAGUUCAAGCCUGAUCUGACUUCUUCUUUGCAGAGCUGGCUCUUAGACAGUGAAGCUGAAUUAAGAACAUGGUGCCUAGAGUCUUAA